UCUGAUUAAGCGUCUGGAGUUGAGGCGCUAACGAGGCGCCACCAUGCCGGUCUUCUACUCGCCCGACAGCCUCCACAUGGGUCUGGCCUACGUGGGGACGUCGGUGCUGGCCAACAACAGCCGCAGCGCCGACAGCGUCGCCCCCAGAGGCCGCCAGGAGCCGGCAGUGGUCGACACGCUGGCUUCUCACCUUCCUCUCCAGAUGCUCCUCUACUUCAACCUCUUCUACUUCCCCUGCUGGUGGUUCUCCUCUGUCUUCAUGCUGCAGGUGAAGUUCCAGUACCUUCCUGCCUACUACCAGGGCCUGCUGGUGACCGGCGUGGUCCUCCUCACCGUGGUGGAAGUGGUCCGGCUUUACCUGGGCUACGUGGGGAACCUGAAAGAAAAGGUGCCGGAGCUGGCCGCCUUUUGGCUGCUGUCCUUCAUGUUCCAGCUGCCCAUCCUGCUCUUCUUCCUGACGGACGAGGAGACUCUGAUCCUGCCCCUGGAGAGAGCCGUGCACGCCCUCUACCUGCUCUUCCUGCUGGCCCAGAUCCUGGCCUCCUUCCUGGCUCUCCGGGCCAUGACCCGGAAGCUGACAGUCCUCUUUCACCUGCGGCAGCUGGGCAAAGUGCAGAACCUGCGGCACGCCAGGGCGAUGAGCGCCACCUACGGGCUGCCCUACUACAGCAGCGUGCUGCCCGUGUCGCCGGACUUGUGCCGCUGAACACUGCGCUCACCUCAGUGGAACUGUGGACCCGCUGCUGAUUUGUGGGUGGCACCGGACCCCAGAAUGUGUCUAGUCUAAUCUAAAGGCAUUAUUUUUAUUUGUAUAUAUCGAUAUAUAUGUUAUGUCUCUGUCUGUCAAUGUUUUCUUUUUCUUUUAUUUUCUUCAUCUUCAUGUCAUUAUUAUUACAGCUGUUAUUUUUUAUUUUUAUUUUUUCACAAUAACAUUCUGUUUUUUCUCCUUCAAAAGGAGAUAUUAAACUUGAAAUAUGAAUAUUUAAAUUGAAUUGUGUCCAAAAAUAACAUUGUCAUGUCUAAUAUCCUUAUGAGACAUUGCAAUUUCAGGGUUUUUUAUAUAUAUAUACAAACAUGACAAAGAUAUAAUUUUUAAUUUUUUAAUGUUACUCGAUAUAAAUUUGAUUUAUCUUCUUUUAUUUAUUUUGACACCAGUUUCUAAUUUUUUCUU